CUUCUACUAUUGUUUUUCUCUCUGAUCACUUGUAGCACGUGGUUAUGUUUAUGUAUAGUGAGUAAUUAUGAAAUUUGCUUUUAAGUUCUCCAACCUGCUGGGGACAGUCUACCACAAAGGGGACCUGUUGUUUUCCCCCGAUGGCAACUCCGUGCUGUGUCCCGUCGGCAACAGGAUCACAAUUUAUGAUUUGAAAAACAAUAAGUCAUCUACGCUGCCCAUCGAGAGCAGAUUCAAUUUCACGAAACUGAGCCUUUCUCCUAAUGGCUGCACCUUGGUGGCUGUCAAUGAAGAGGGUGAGGCCAGCCUCAUCAGCAUGUUCAGCAAGAUGGUCGUCGAGAAGUACCCCUUCAAGGGGCGCGUCCACUGCUUGCGCUUCAGUCCCGACGGCAGGUACCUCGCCGUCUGCAAGGACUCCAAAGUGUUCGUGUUCAAAGCGCCGGGCGCCCACUCGGGGGAGUACAACCCCUUCGUGAUGGAGCGGGUCUUCCACGACGCCUACGACGAGACUACUUGCCUGGACUGGACGUCGGACUCUCGGAUCCUGGCGGCGGGCAGCAAGGACAUGAUGACGCGGCUGUACGGGCUGGAGGAGUUCUCCAACUUCGGCCGCAGCCUUCUGGGCGGCCACUCGGACGCCAUGGUGGCCUGCUUCUUCGAGCGGGACUCGCUGGACGCGGCGACACUCAGCGCCAACGGCCAGCUGUGCGUGUGGGAGUGCAGCGUGGAGCUGGGUGCUGUGCGGCCGCGCGAGGGGGGCGCGGAGGCCGUGCCCGCCCGCAAGAAGGCCCGCGCCGACAGCGACUCCGAGGACGAGGUGGACGCCUCGCGAGGGGAGGAGCACGGGGCCCCUGUCGCCCCUGUCGCCUCCGACGGCGACAAGACGAACGAGAAAGGGGAUCGCGUCUACUACAAGCGCUUGUCGCGCCACUACCUGCUGGACGCCGUCAAGAAGCAGAUGGGCCUCCGACUGACGGCGGCGGCCUAUCACAAGGACACCCACAUACUGGUCACGGGGUUCUCCACCGGAGCGUUCUUCGUGCACGAGCUACCCGAAGUGAACCUCAUACACUCCCUCAGUAUCGCAGACCAGAGCAUCUCGGCGGUGGCCCUGAACAACACGGGCGACUGGAUCGCCCUGGGCUGCUCCGGCCUGGGCCAGCUGCUCGUGUGGGAGUGGCAGAGCGAGACGUACGUCCUGAAGCAGCAGGGCCACUUCGACAACAUCACCGGCCUGGCGUACUCCCCCGACGGCCAGCACAUCGCCACCGGCGGCGAGGACGGCAAGGUGAAAGUUUGGAACACGAGCACUGGAUUUUGUUUCGUCACCUUCGACAAGCACACGUCAGGAGUGUCGGCUGUUCAGUUCAGUCGGAACUGCAAGUUUGUGAUAUCUGCGUCACUGGACGGCACCGUGAGGGCUUUCGACAUGACGAGGUACCGCAACUUCCGCACCUUCACCUCGCUGCGGCCGGUGCAGUUCGCCUGCGUGGCUCUCGAUUCGACGGGGGAGUUUGUGGCGGCGGGCGGCCAGGACGUGUUCGAGAUAUACCUGUGGUCCAUGAAGAUCAACCGCUUGCUGGAGGUGCUGUGCGGCCACGAGGGGCCCGUGGCGGGCGUCGCGUUCAGCCCCGCGCCCGCCAGCACGGCGCUGGCGUCCGUCAGCUGGGACAAGACGCUCAAGCUGUGGAACGCCGUGGAGAAGGGCGGCACCCACGAGACGGUGCACCUCAGUGCCGAUGGCCUGUGCGUGACGUACAGGCCCGACGGGGAGGUGGUGGCGGUGGCGACGCUGGACGGCCAGAUCUCGUUCUUCGACUGCAAGACGACCCAGCAGGUUGGCAACAUCGAGGGUCGCAACGACCUGGGCAGCGGGCGGGCCGACACGGACCUCGUCACCGCCAAGCAGAGUCUCAAGGGAAAGUCGUUCAACAGCCUGGCGUACACGGCUGAUGGCAAGUGUAUCCUGGCGGGCGGCCAGUCCAAGAAUGUGUGCAUCUACAGCAUCGCCGAUGCAAUACUCAUCAAAAAGUUUGAAAUCACUCAGAAUCGAUCCUUCGAUGCAGUUGAUGACUUCAUCAACCGCCGCAAGAUGACGCAGUACGGCAACGUGGACUUGGUGGAGACCCGAGACGCGGACCAGGGCGGGGGAGCCACCAUCCGGCUGCCAGGGGUGCGCAGGGGCGACAUGGCGUCCCGGGCGUUCAAGCCGGAAGUACGGGUUCGCUGCCUCCAGUUCUCGCCCACAGGCCAGGCGUGGGCGGCCGUCACCACGGAGGGGCUCCUGGUGUACUCGCUCGACGUGAGCCUGGUGUUCGACCCCUUCCACCUGGAGGUGGGCAUCACGCCCGACACCAUACGCAGCACCCUGCAGCGAGGGGACAGCGCCCAAGCUCUCAUGAUGGCCUUGAAGUUGAACGAGAAGCUGUUGAUUCAAGAAGUUGUUGAGAAUAUUCCGUACGGACAUGUGGAGCUGACGGUGCGGUCGCUCCCCGAGACGUACGCGGCGCGGGCGCUCGGGUUCGCGGCGUCGGAGCUGGGGUCGACGCGGCACCUGGAGUUCUACCUGCACUGGGUGCAGUGCGUGCUGACGGCUCACGGCCCACGGCUGCAGGCGGCGCGGCGCGAGCAGCCGGCCGUGCUGCCGCUCCUUCACGCGCUGCACAAGAACCUCGCCGUCAGGCACGACCAGCUGGCCAGGAUCUGUGACUUCUCCAAGUACAACCUGCAGCUGGUGGGACGCUUGGCGGACCUCAGGCUUCGAGUGGACAAGGAGGAGGCCAAGAGCGAAGCCAGCCUGGACGACGUUCACAUGAGCAGCACUGACAGCGAAUGAGCGGUGUUGUUACGCAGCGUGAUCUCUGUUAUAAACGUUUACAUUUUUACAA